AUGGUCGUACAGGAAAUACAGACCGUCCAGGAAUAUGAGCGGAUAGUGGAACAUAGUGGCAACAUUGUAAUAGUGGACUUCUAUGCAACGUGGUGUGGGCCAUGUAAGGCGAUUGGGCCGAUUUUUACGUCACUAAGUGAACAUCCUAAAUUUUUGGGGAAUAUUGUUUUUGCAAGAAUAAACGUAGAAAAUGUGCGUUCAGUAGCGUCAAAAGUACGUGUUACGUCAAUGCCAACUUUUGUGGUUUUUGUGAAGGGCAAAGAAGCAGAGCGAAUGUCGGGUGCACAUAGGCAGCAAUUGGAGCUGUUGAUUGAGAAAUAUGCAAAAACAGCGUCUCCUAUUAAUAAGAAAGAUUCAGAUGAAGUAAAAGGGUUUUAUCAGCUGAAUAGUCUUAUUGAUCAGCGCCAGUUGGAUUGCUUGAAUAUGGACAAAAACUAUCCUUUUCGGUCUAUUUUUGAAAAAGAAGGGCAUUUGCAGUCGGAUGUAGAUGAGCAGUUGUUGCUGUAUAUUCCAUUUAAAUCUACGGUCCGUAUUCAUUCAUUGAUACUGGAAUGUAAGAACCAAGCACAGGCACCGUUAUGUGUUUCUCUGUAUAUAAAUCUGAUAUCGCUUCCGUCUUUUGAAGAUGUGUCUGGUUCUGGUUCUCAGCCGACACAGCGUAUUGAGAAUAUUACUUAUGACGCAAAUGGCCGUUCUGUUAUACCGCUUAGAUAUGUUAAAUUUCAACGAGUCGUUAGUCUUGUUCUUUUUGUGGAAUCAAAUGGAGGCAAUGAAGAUGUGUCGCGGAUUGAUAACCUUAUGGUUAUAGGUGAAACAACAGAAGAGGCUGCUAAUAAUGGGAUUGUCCAGAAAAUGGAAGAAUAA